AUGAACCUGCGCAAGCAAGCUUGCGGUCGACCUCUAAGCAUGGCUCGUGCAGGCAGACGCAAGGUGGUGCAGCAUGAUUUCUACGACGAGGCAGAACAGGUCGCCGGGGUUGUGCUUUUGAACAGUCCGGCAAACGGUCGCUGGGAGUAUGAGGAAUAUUUGAGACUCCUGCGUGUGCGGCGGUUCAAUCAGCGGAAGCCGGAGUUGCCUGUUGGCCGGUGCUACUUUGUUUGCGCAGAUGGAGCUUACCCCCGUCUGCGGACGUACUUUGAAGAAGAGCAACGGCGUCGUCCAGAGUUGUGGCCGUUUGCUCAUGUUCCUCUCUGCGACGCCGUCAUUGGCGAUAUGGACUCCUACUUGGAUUCUUUACCCAAAUGCGGUAUUCAUGGAGGCACCGACGGCAAGGGACUUCAAGACUCAAUGCCCGCUGACGGGUACGCAACGGUGGACGAAGUUCCUGCCUCUAUCUUGGGUCGAAUCCGGGACAGAUACACUUCUACUCUUGCCGAGUUCCAUCGCGUGCGUGCAGCCAUGGAGGGAGCCCCGUUGGAGCAGUGGGAUAAGCUGCAGGCAGAGCACAAAGACGCGUCGUCCUCGCUCCCUUUUUGGAUACACAUCCGCUGUCAGGACACGAACGACUUCAUGAAAUCAUUGAUGCUCUUCAAGCGACUGCGAGAGCAACACAUGGAAGACUUUGUUGCCGUUCCGCCGCCUGUUCUGCGAACGGAGAGUGGUAUGCGGCUAUUGGAAACCGGUGGCGCGGUUGACCCAACUGUUGGAAGCGAAGGCCUUGACAUUGACCCCCAGCGGGAGAGCGACUUGUGCGCGGAGGCAUGCAAAGAGGAGGCGGUGUUGCUACCGACGUACGUUUGCUUUGGUGGCCUUGGCGGCCGAUUUGACCACGAAAUGGCUGCCAUCUCGGUCGUUUUGGCAUUCAGCGAAGACGCCCAUGUUGUGCUGACGAACUCCGGCAACACUCUAUUUGCCUGUCAGCCCGAUGGCUGGACGCAACUGGUACGACAUGCAGGUUGCGAAGGCGUGGUGUCUGGCCUUAUUAACUACGGUACCAUGAAGGAGUGCGAGGUCAGCGGACUGCAGUGGAACGUUGUGAUUGGGCGGGGAAAGCCAAGUGAAUCGCGGGAAUUGGUUCUGGGCUUUGGCAAGCUGAUCUCGGCGUGCAAUCCGAUUCGCCACGAGGUUGUCACGGUUGACCUUCGUUGUCUACGACCCUUGACACUGAGCACAAUGGAGUCUUGCGCGACAACAGCGGGGCCCGCGACGGCGUGCGGCGAUGGGGCGGAUGCCUACCACAACCCACCCACAAUCUUUACUGUCGAGCGACGCAGAGGGGAUGAGAAAGAAGUUGGCCGCUCGCACUGA